GCUACCACAAGUCCAUGUAUUUUGCCCAUGCCCAGCCAUCUACUAUCUCCAACAGCUAUUGUGUUGUUGCAGGAAUCCUGCCGAUGUGUGUUUUUCUGGUUGUUGGAAUCAGCAUUUGAAAUCAUGGCAGAUGAGCAAGAGAUUAUGUGCAAAUUAGAAAACAUAAAGAAAAUCAGAAACAAGACCGUUCAAAUGGACAAAAUUCGAUCCAGGCUGAAGAACGAAUUUGAGGCGUUGGAGUCCGAGGAGAAGCAUUUGAAGGAGUAUAAGCAGGAGAUGGACCUUCUGCUGCAGGAGAAGAUGGCCCAUGUGGAGGAACUGCGUCUCAUCCAUUCCGACAUCAAUGUGAUGGAGAACACGAUCAAGCAGUCGGAGAACGACCUGAACAAGCUGCUGGAGUCUACAAGACGUCUUCACGAGGAGUAUAAACCCCUGAAAGACCAUGUGGAUGCUCUGAGGAUGAAUCUAGGCCUGCAGAGACUGCCAGACCUAUGCGAGGAGGAGGAGAAGCUAACACUCGACUACUUUGAGAAGCAGAAGGCAGAGUGGCAGACAGAACCCACGGAGCCCCCUAUUCCUGAAUCUCUAGCCGCUGCAGCUGCAGCUGCUCAACAGCUCCAGGUCGCCCGUAAGCAAGAUAUCCGACAGACUGCCACUUUCCGACAGCAGCCACCACCAAUGAAGGCAUGUCUGUCUUGUCACCAGCAAAUCCACCGGAAUGCACCCAUAUGUCCACUCUGCAAGGCGAAAAGUCGCUCAAGAAAUCCAAAGAAACCAAAGCGGAAGCCAGAUGAGUAAAUAGGUGCCGAACCAAACCUCAGCUUUGUGAAAUCGGGUUACUGUGUUACAUUACACAUGCACCAUUUACUUUAUGUAGUUACAUAUGAUGUAAACACAAACCCAAAGUUUAGGUUUCAGAAAAAGGGAGUGGCCAUUUCAUGUUUUUCUUUUCAGAAACUCAUGCAAUUCCUGUACCUUAUAAAGGACAGUCGGGGUGGGCCUGUGAAAAAGAGCAACAAAGAAUACGCAAUGUAUCUAGCGUUUUAGCGAGCCUUGUAAGGCUCUUUGACAUUUGUGUGUGCUUUAAACCGCUAAUCUAAUGGGGUUUUGCUUUGGAAUGUUUUUAGUUGCUUUUAGCGUAUGUGAAGAUGCAAUUGUCAUUUUGCCAUCAAAUACAAAAUAGUUUUCAUAUCUGCUCUAGUAUGAAAUACUUUUUAUUGAACCUAAAAUAAUUUCAAGACAAUUCAGUACUAAUAUACUGUUUGUAUUUAGGUAUUUAUUAGACUUUUUUAUUUUUUAUUGUUUACUCAUUGGUCUUCUGCUGAUGUAGCCCAUCUACUUCAAUGUUUGAUGUGUUGUGUAUUGAGAGAUGCUCAUACCACUGUUGUAAUGUGUGGCUUUUGAGUUACUUUAACCUUCCUGUUUGCUUGAACCAGUCCAGUGAUUGUUCUCUGACCUAUCUCAUUAACAAGGUGUUAUCAUUAAAGCAAUAUUUGGUUGCUAUGCAACGGUUGGCAAAAUGCUCAAUAAAAAGAUACUAUUCAUCAUUAGUUGUGAUGGAAAAGAUCUCCGCAAACAUGUUUGUUUUGUCUGGCACCUCCCAAAUUCUGAAGGCUACCUGUGUUUGUGGUGAAUAGGUAAAACCCAGAUAGGCUGGUACAGUUAAAGCAAAAAUAGCAUUUUCAAAAAAGCCAAAUAUUUACAUUAAUAUUUCCAUUUUAGGCAUUCAGCAGAUGCUGCUGCCCAGAGCAAUUUGGCUUAUAUUUAAUAUCCAUCUAGUAUAUUUUCUGAUCCCAGUGGUAUACUUCUCUGGUAUUUAAUGUACACAUCAUGUAAUUGUACUCUU